UCCAAGGGCCGAGCGCACAGUCUUGGCGAACCUCUCCUCGUUCUUUCGCGUGUUGUGUGACCAAAAGUAUUGUUAACACAUGUGGGUGAUUUGGUGAUUUGAAAGACAGUGCGAUCAAGCAAUGAGAAGAUGUAUGAAAUAAUACAUAUUUUUUUAAGAACAUGUUAGAAAGGUAAAACGAAAGCGGUAAAGAUUGGGAAUGUGAGGCUAUUCAGUGAAUGUGUUUUUGGUUAUUGCCAAGAUAUAGAGAACUGACUCUGAGAAAUAUGACCCAAAAUGCUUUAUGAUUCACUGCGGAGAUGGCACUGACCAGACUAAGCACGGGGAUCCAGCAGGAGGAUCACAAUACCUUUAGAUUGUACAAAGCCCACCGAGGACCGGCGCGAUGCGUCAUGCUCGCCAUCCUCAACUGGGGGUGCCAAAAGGCUCCAGAGGUAACGUAUGAGGAGUAUCUGCUCCAGAACCUCGGCUACACCAACAAAAAAUACAAGACCAUUUUCGAUGGCGCGCAGAGGGAGAAGCUCAAGUACCACAGUAGUGGCGACGAGUUAGACAUCAGCCUCCUGUAUAAGCUCAUCCAGAAUACUUGCGCUGGCGUCGCGCCAGCCACCGAUAACGUGUGGACGUCUGAAGACUUUUCACGCCUCGAGUUCCUCGUGAAUUACAUUAAAAACUCCCGUAAUAACUUGGCUCACAACGACCACGAAAUCAGCAACUCCGAGAUAGUUAGAAGAUUGGAGAAACUGAGAGACGUUUUGGUCACUACACUAAAGGUUGGCAGGGACUUAUUCUGUAUCCCACACUCAGAAGUGGAUACUCUGAUUAAACAGGUCAGUGACGCGAUCACAGCCAUCAGAGAGCAUCCAUUUGCCCAAACGGAUGUCCUCCACUACCAAAACGAUUUGCUCUUUGAGGACCUCAGGGAAAUCAUGUCGACCGACGGAGCUAAGGAAGUUGCCAAAAUCUUCAGCAGAAAUAAUCUUCUAAACUUGAAUCCAGUCUCCUUUAUCAGCGGUGGCGACUGUCAUCUGAAAGUCGAUAGAGUGUUCAUCGACAUACAAAUGUAUUCAGUCGAGUCUGGAGUGCGAAAAGCGAUAGACUACAGAGAUAUAUUGGUGUACAGUCAUGAAACAAAUAAUUACCCAGAUAACCACAGCAUUAAUUCUAGUCAACAAAGCAUACAGGAAAAACCUGUGAUACACCUUGUGGAAGGUGAUCCAGGCUCCGGAAAGACCACUCUGCUGAAGUUCAUAAUGUCAGACUGGAAGAAACAGACAAAUAUCAUUAAGGAACUAUCAGAUUAUCAUCUCGUGUUAUACUUCGAGUGCCACAAUCCGUACAAAGAUUCUCUGGCCGAUUUCCUGGUCUCUCAGAUGCCCUUAACGUCGACUCGAUUUCACAAGUCGGACUUAGUUCGGUGUUUGCUGGGUCUCAAAGUUCUCCUUCUGAUCGACGGUUUAGACGAACUGAACAGCGCAUCCAAACGAUUUUUUAAAGAAAUCCUUCAUUUAAAAAAAAAUUCAGAUAUAUCAGUGCUUUGUACGACUCGAUCAGAAAAGCUUAAAGAAAUAUCGAGAAUGAUUCCGAAUGAUUUAAUGAUAAAUUACUUCAAGUUACUUGGCAUCCCCAGUGACAAAAGAGGCAAAUUCGUAGAACUUUACCACGAGGAGCUUAAGAGGCGAGGGAUGAGCGCUGGGAAUACGAACAGCAUUGUACAGUAUGUUGAAAAUGCUUCACUUCAGUUGAAUGAGUUCUUCGUCUAUCCGCUGAAUCUGGUACUACUUACUUACCUUUGGGUAACUAGACCCGAAUCUAUCAACGCUGUAACGAGUGUAACGGUGCUGUAUGCUGAAGUUCAUUCUCUGAUGGUGGAGAAACUACACAGGCGGCUUCUAGAUGACCCGGACAUUGACUACAUCCCAAGUGAAGAAAUUAAAGGCAGAUGCGAGCAGUUUCUCGAUGCCCUGUACCAAUUCUCUUUCGCUACCUUGAGUUACAAUAUGGUAUAUCUAGACCAAGAGCACGUGAAUAGGCUGCUUCAGGUCUGUAGCGAAACUAAGCUUGCUGUUAAGCAUAUGAUGUCCUCUUUUCUGGUGGUUGAAUUGACAUCGUCGGGAGAGCAGUAUGUGGAAAGGCACAGAUUUCCUCAUAAAGGCAUACAAGAAUUCUAUGGAGCUCAAUACAUUCUGUCGAUCAUCAGCAACGAGAAUUUGGCGAAGAAUAGAACAAAAGUUUUGGAGGCUUUAGAAGAAUGUCUUCGCAAAUUUCACAUAUCGUCUUAUGAAAGACAAGAAAUAGCAUCGUGGACCUCGGAACUGAGCGAGCGGAAAAGAAUCAGCACACUGCUUGGGAAAACAUGCCCAGUCAGAUUCCAAGAGAAAGGGAAGUAUACCAACCUCUUGCAACACCUAGUCGGCCUCUUGCGCUACCAGAGUUCCUGCUUGCUCUUCCAUUAUACCGAAGAGAUCGUUGAGCUUUUAAACGACUCCGGAGACUUAUCAUUCGAUCAAUGGACCGACCUCCUUAAGAAGACUGAUUACGACGCUCUAGUGGCAAAGGAAGUGGCCAAAUUCGUGUGCCAGAUUUCAUGGACAAUUCGCGACGACCAGGAACGGGCAGCGGCCGCUCUCAUCACUCACCGCUGCCCGCGGAUACUCUCCAUUGAACUCUUCAAGGAACCGAAAAACCUGCCUCACCUGGUCGAUCUCCUGCGCUCCGCUUUCGCCAAAGGCAGCGAGAUUCGUUUGCACCUGCACAGCCACUGGCGGGAUCCAAAGAGCGCGUCCUCGGAUGGUAUUCUGUGCGCAUUACAGCGAUCUUCCUUGAACGAGAAUCAAGAAUGGGAAUAUUACCAUGAACCCGCGUGGAAGAACCUCACUCGCUUCACUGGGCGCGUCACAAGCCCUGCGGUUCUGGCGCGUCUUGGGGACUCCAUCGAAGGACUCCGCGUGGCCAUUCGCAGCGAUGACGAGGCCCUGGACUGGAGCGUCAACAUUAAUUCCUGUGAUGUGUUCGUUCGCCUGAAGUGGAUUGGAGUCCACGUGGCGGCCGCAGGGGUGGACCCAGCUCUCCUCUGCCCCCUGCCGUCCCUCGAACGGCGCCCUCACCUCUACCUCUCGGGCGUGAGCGACUGCGACGUGGAGUGGGCGUCGGUGGUCGCAAAGGCGCUCCAGCCGCGGACGACAACCACAAAGUGCCAGGGAGCCGAAAUUUGGACGAGGGAGCCAGCACCUACUCCCACGCCCGAAUACGAGGAUUACUACAUCUUGUUGAACACAGAGGGAGGCGAGGCGUCUCAGGGAAGGGGGCUGGCUGGAAACGACCAGAAACAGGAGACUGCGGCAGAGGCUGAGAGAGAGUCGGACCCGUAUGAGACUUUCUUGCAGACAGAUUGCGUCGUAGGAGAUGACAACGAGGAUAUCUAUGAGACCAUUUCAUACGACCAUGGGUCAUUACCCUAUGCGUCACGUAAAACUAAUUAUAUACCACAUGUACCACCAAGGGUAACUAAACAACCACUGCCGAUGCCGGCAAGACCAAGAGAACCAUUACUGUCCAAAUAUUAUAAUUCACAGCCAAGACCACCGAUGCCGAUACCAACCGAAUUACAGCCAGAGACUCAUUCAGGAUCUUUGCCACCAAAGCCUACACUGCGCUUUCCACCAAGGCAGCCAUUGAAACCCUCGCUCAAAACCCGAUGGGUGAAGACGCCAAGACCGCCAGUACCAUUACCAUCAAAAUUACAGGAAACGCAAGCGCCGAAGUCCAGAAGGAAACCCCCUCACAGCAGCGCGAAGGCGUCCAAACCUCCCAGGUCGCAAGCACCAGUGGCGCCGCAACCAGUCAUGUGGCCAGCGCCGGUAUACCCGUGGUCAUCAGCACAGCCUCCACACACACUUCAGCUUCCUCUGUGCGCGUGGCCGCCAGUGUUUGACCUGCAGUGGACUCCGUGGGGUAUGCCUGUACAAAGACUAGUUCCUAUGGCACCUAUGUUACAACCAUGCGUCAGCUGGGGCAUGCAGUGGGCACCGUCGGGAGGCUCGCCAUCCACAGUUACGGGGCCAGCAUUGCAACAUCAUGGUGUGCAGAUUUCGCCACUACCAUCCGUGUCAAAUGGCUUAGAUGUUCAUUCAGAUCAGAAUGACAAUGAAACAUUAUAUGAAAAUUUAGAUGACUGA